AUGUUGUUAAACAAAGGACACAGAACUCAUUUGAUGUUUAUCCAUCCAGUGCUAUUUUUGUCUUAAUUCAAGUCAACUCGACUCAAUACUUCUAUUUAAUCUGGUUUGAAACCACACAGCUAUGGAAACAAUGGAACCACGUGAAGAAACGAAGCUUACUGACCUCGAUAUUGAUUGUCUUGAACGGAUUUGUCGGUAUUUGCCUCUCGAAGAUUUAUUGAACGUGGCGGAUUCAAGCAAGCAAUUGAAAAAAGCCGCUGAUUUGGCAUUUCUCCCAGAAUAUAGCAGAAAAUACACCGUAAGAAUUGGCUACUUCUCAUGUAAUAUGAAUAAGUGUGAAUACGGUUUUAAAAUCGAUUAUUCUUUGCUCUUCAAUGUUGGAUGUGAGCAUUUCGGAGAAAUGGGAUCGGGAGAAUAUACUAUCGAAGCUACACAUUUAAAGAGAACAUAUCAAACGUUUCGAUGCUUUGGGCAUUUGAUAUCCAAAUUGGAAAUAGGAAUGAAGGAAACCAGCAUUCAUUUCGAUCGCUUGAUGUUUUACAUAAAGGAAUACUGUGCCGAAUCACUCACUCAAUUAGCAUUUUUAAUAAUACCAGAUGGAUCAAUGAUUCGCUUUGUGAAACCAUUUCCAAACAUUCAUACGCUUUAUUUGACAAAUGUUUUAAAUGUUUCAUUUGGUGAAAUAUUCCCAAACCUGAAGCAUUUAAAGUAUAUUGGUACAGUUACUGAAUUCACUAGCAUCGAAUCAGAAAUUCCAAAUUUAGAGCAUUUGGAAUUAUAUGUUGGAUUAGACCUAGAAAACGUAUUACUUCGAAAAAUUGGGUCAAGUCCAAAGAUAAGAACGUUGAUAGUUCCAGGGGACGCCAUUUAUCAAGGCAUAAACGAAAUUCUUCCAAAUCUCAAAGUUUUAAGGUUACACGGAUCUUGUCUCGGACUCAAAGUAUCUUUUGGAGUUGAGAAAUUCCAUUUUGCAACUGUAAAACGAUUUGAAAUGUGUAACUACCCAAGUCGAUUCGAAGGAUUACCAUUUUCAUUUGAUAAUCUAGAGGAAUUUAUCAUUGAAGCAAGAGCACUUGAAUCAAGACAUGAAGAAGAAUUGUACGAUUUCAUCAGCGAACAUCCAUCUAUAAAAAAACUUGGAACGUGGAUUUUUGAGGUGGAUUUAUUGAGAUUAAUGGAUAUGUUGCCAUUGCUGGGAGAAUUCGAUACGAGAAGCGAUUAUUCAAUUCAUGACGUUGCUCGUUUUAUGAAUGUGAAGGAAUCACUGAAAAAAAUGACUUUUUAUUUGAUAGACGGUUGUGAUAUCGAUAUUCCUGAUAUACAGGCUCACUUAAACGAUAAAUGGCAUGGUAUAAAAUUACGAGAUCAAUAUGGUCCGUUCGAAUUUACACGGAUUUUGAAAUAAAAUAUGAAUCUGCUGAUAAGAAAGAAAAACUGACGAUGAAAUGUUCAAUCAUGUUUCACUGCAAUGUCAGCAAUUGCA